UUCCCAAGCGAUUCAGAUCGGCGGAGAUAUACUCAUAUAUAUAUAUAUUUACCGACAUAUAUAGACGUUCCAGUCAUUUGAGAUUGUCAAAGUGAAAACCCGAGGGCCGUAAGAAACUAACGGCAUACUCGAGACGAAAGACAGUCGAUAAGAUUAACGUUUUACUUAACUUAAUUAAAACUAACGAAAAGCCAGGCACCAAAACAAGCGAUCCAACUCGAUUAUAUAGUCCUAGCCUUAGAUAAUAUACGAGAACAGCCCACUCGAGUGGCCAACUCGUUCAAGUGAUUUGUGAUUGUUAAGAAUCGACUAAGCCCCCGGAGGAAAAGUGUGUUUGUGAUUUAAAUUGGUGGGAAAUUCGUAAGAUCCUGAAAGGACCCAAAGGGCUUACGGCACAAAGAUGUACGUGGCCAACACUACUGGCGGCCUGAUGCUGCAGACUAUGUUGUAUCUGGCCAAUCACACUAGUCGAGCGGCUGUCAAUACCCUGGUCGACCUGCCACCAGCCCCCAAAAGUGACAUCAACGAGGUAAAGUGCUUUGGAGUCUACGGCUGUUUUCCAAUCAAUGGGCCAUGGAACACGGUGACCAGGUCGAUAAAUGUGCAUCCACAGAAACCCUCUGAGAUUGAGCCACAUUUUACGUUGCACAUGCGAAGGGCAUUGGAUCAACCGAAAUAUCUGGAUCUCAAUGAUCCGGAUAGCAUCCAGGGCAUGGGAAUGGAUCCGAAGGGAAAGAUAUUUCUGCUGGUUCAUGGUUACCUAGAGUCUGGUGAGAUUCCUUGGAUGUGGGACAUGGCGAAGGCUCUGCUGGCCCACGAACCAGAGGGUCGGGCUGCCGUUGUCCUUAUUGAUUGGGGCGGUGGUGCCAGUCCUCCGUAUGUCCAGGCGGUGGCCAAUAUCCGACUGGUGGGCGCCAUCACUGCCCAUGUAGUGCACAUGCUGUACGAAGAGCUGCGCUUGCCUAAUCUGGAUAAUGUCCAUAUAAUUGGUCAUUCUUUGGGUGCACAUCUAUCCGGCUAUGCAGGCUAUCAUCUGCAGCAUGACUUUGGAUUAAAACCUGCUCGGAUUACUGGUCUGGAUCCUGCUGCUCCCCUUUUCACAGACACCGAUCCCAUCGUUCGGUUGGACAAGACAGAUGCCCAUUUCGUGGACAUUGUGCACACCGAUGCCAAUCCCCUGAUGAAGGGUGGUCUGGGCAUCAAUAUGCGACUGGGUCACGUGGACUUCUUUCCCAAUGGUGGAUUCGAUAAUCCCGGCUGUAACAAGAAAUUCCAGGAUGUGGUCAAGAAGAAGACCCUGUUCUUGACCAUGCAAGAGUUCCUCGGCUGCAAUCACAUCCGCAGCCAGCAGUAUUUCACGGAGAGCAUCGGUUCCAAGUGUCCUUUUCUCGGAAUAACUUGCGAUUCCUUUGAGAGCUUCAAGGACACCAAGUGCACUAGCUGCGAGGAGCCAGGUCAUACGUGCCUGCGAAUGGGCUAUCACAGCCAGGAGGAUUACCAGGAACAGGUGGAUCUUGGUCAGAUACAGCAAGGCGAUUCACCGGGGGUCUUCUACCUUUGGACAGGCGACAGUAAGCCCUUCUGCCGACUACACUAUCGCAUAACAGUGCGAGUUUCCGGACAUGAUGAGAGUACUCUUCAUGGCGGUGAGGUUGGUAUACUGUCCAUUCAACUUCAUGAUGCCCUGCAAAAGAAGGUUGGCAAGAAGGAGCGUGCCGCCACGGAGAUGAUGAAGUUCUCACAGAAGGCUAUGUACUUUGAGCCGGGCUAUGAAUACAAAGCCUUGGUGGCCGGACGUAAUCUUCGAGAGCCGGAAUAUGCCACCGUUAAUUGGGAAUAUCCGACAAACAUCUUGAAUCCACUAACAUGGCGCAUACUUUCGGCGCCACGCAUCUACUUGGAAUACAUUCUCAUCGAGGCCAUGGAGUCCACUGAACUUUACCUGAAAUUGUGUCCCCAACACGAGGGAGCCAUUCUCGCGGGGGCCGAAAAUGUCCUCAGCUCCAGCUAUUGCAAGGAUUAAUUAAUAGCUACUAACUAACUAACUAACAACUUUAGUAGCUUAUUGGCUAAUUGAAAGUGAUGUUGGUCGAAAUAUUCAUAAGUUAGUUUAUCAAUUAUGUUGGAAUAUCUGAAUUAACUUCUUUUUCCAACCCAUUGAUCAACUAUCUUAGUUAAUUGUGACUUAACUUAAAUCAUUUCAUUUAAUUAAUUGAUUAAUUAGCUAAAUAAUUGUGAGAUUAACUCAGAUUAAUUAGCUAAUUAAUUAGGGAUUUGUCACUUCCUGAGCAGAACUGCUUUGUGUGUAGAAAAUCAAAGAAAGCAGUGCAGGUACGAGACCUUGCUUAAACGUAAAUGGUUUGUGUCUGCACUGUUUCCGAAACUGUUCCCAUUUUGAUUCUUUAUAGCAACUGGCUGAGAAAGAACAGUUUGUAUUUUAUUAUAGUAUUUUAUUAGUUCGCAAAAUGAAAAAAACAAUCAUCAAACCGUUAUUUAUUUUAUAAAAUAAUUCUUUUUUUUUUCAUUUUUUUUUUGAGUACAUAAAAUGUAUUUUGUAGUCAUAGUCCAUUGAUGUAGCCUAAUUUAAUGUAAAUAAAAAUUAAAAACUAUUUAAAGGAA